CGCACAAUUGGACGCCUCAGGACAGAUACAAAUCAACGUCAGCGCGAGCUACUUGCCAUGCACGAACCGAGCCUUCGCCGUAGUAGCAUUCCUAAUUUUUGCUUCCCGAUCAUUAUCAAAACACAGACGGAACAUCAGCCGGAGCUGGGGCCCGUUGCCAAACACCAGUGUGCACAAGGGAGCAUUCGCACUGGAUUUGGCCUGUGCUGGCGGAGGCUCGCGGGGGUCAGUAGUCACAUUUCGGUCCUCCAGGUUUGAGGCGAAUGGUUUUAAAUCCCUUCGAAAGAGGAUGGCAGAGGGAGGUUUUGACCCCUGUGAGUGCAUCUGCUCUCAUGAACAUGCCAUGAGGAGACUCAUCAGUCUGCUGAGACAGUCCCAGUCCUACUGUACAGACACAGAGUGCCUUCAGGAGAUGCCAGGCCCUAACUCCUCUGUCGAAGGGGACAUCACUCUGCCCAUGAUUAUUAUGGGAUGGCUAGUUCUAGCUCUCAUGCUCUUCUUGCUCCGCCCAGCCAGCUUGAGAGGCCCUUCAGCCAGCAGCAAGCCCUCUGGUCCCCGCGGUAAUCGCGGCAGAGAGCCACCAGCACCUCCUGUGGACUAGAGCUUUUUCCACCACAAAAGAUUUGAUCUUUUAAUCCAUCUUCCACCUGAUCAACUACUGUGACUAAUAUAACUUGUUAGUUUCCUUAAUCAUCUAUCAGUGUUUCAGAUUCCAGAGACUUUAGUCCGAUGAAGGGGAGGGUGACGCUGAAAAUGCUGAAUUGUUGGAGUCUAAAGUUUCCCGGAUUUAUAUAUCUAUAUAUAUAUAUAUAUCUUAUUAUAUACUUAUAUAUAUUUUAUUUUAUUUUAUUAUAAAGCAUUAUUAGGUAUUUAACAAUUGGUAAAAUCACAUAUAGGCCUAUAUAAUGACAUUUGUCCUAGAUCAUAUGAAUAUGAAUUGUGAUCUAGAAAUUGGGUGUUGUCAAAAGAUUUGGGUUGGUUUUGAGUAGACUGAAGUAAAAAGGAUAAUGUUUCUUGUCCUUUGGAGACCAGUACAUUCCAAAGCUGUGAUGACUUCACAGACAUGAUGUCAUGAUGAGAAUGAGUCAUUCUAAAGACAGAUGCAAUUAAAAUGAUUUAAGAUUGACCAAGACCAUUUCCAGUAGAGACCAGUAGAAAAAAAAAGUAGUAUAAGAGGAAAGAAUGAAAUGUGCGUAUUCCAGUUUUGACGUCAUGGCUGUGUGGAUGUUGUCAUGUUCUGGGAUCUGUUGACCACAGAGAGGUGGCUGAUUAAAAGCAGACCUCUCCACCCUGAAGGCUUUCUAUUUACCCUUUAUGUACAAAAAUCACUAGAUUUUUGUUGCUAGCAUAGCCACUUGAAUGCCGCUCUUAAGACUUUUCUUUUUUGCAUUUGCUCAGGAAUCAUUAUGUAGCUAUACUUAAACAGUUGGUCAAAUAGUAUGGGUAACUGUCAAAUGUCAGUGAUGAAAGUCUGAAAGCAAUGUAAUCUUUAAAAUUGAUAAGAAAAAUUGGGUACUUGGGAAUUAAGGGCGAAUUGACUAAUAGUAGCACUUUGGUUGUGGCACCUUUUACAGUUGUGUACAGAAUGCAAAGCUCCAGAAAAGCACCAAAGAGAGGAUGUAAAUGUGCCCCAUUUCAAGUUUGGUGUAGCUUACUCAAACUUCCUGUCUUUUAAGUUCUGUGAGAAUGUUAGAAUGUCUUAUUUGGUGCAAUUAGCUGGACUAAGGAUUUCUGGAUGGAUCGGUUGUGGUGGUGGUGGUGUGGAUUUCAGGGCAUGAAAAGUCUGUCUAUGUACACUGUUAUAAUGAAACUGCUCUGUGAGAAAGGGCUUGAUCUAUGCACUUUUGUUUACUACAAAUAAAUAUGAAUAAUAGCA